CCGUUACGUAUCACGUAUUAUGGAAUAUAGCGAGGAAAUUUUUAAUUUCCUCUCCAUCGUCAUACCUAGUGGAAAGGGGUUUCAGCGCUGUUACCAGUCUCCUAACAAAAAAAAAGAAACAGACUGGACAUCAUUAGCCGAGGAGAUUUAAAAUUAACCCUUACACAAUUGACGCCAAAUGUUGAUAAUUUAUUUUAUUGCUUAUGUUAUUUUAUUUUUAUUGGUGUCUGACCAAUAAAUGCCCGCAUUGGGAAUAAGUGCCCG